AUGACAAGCCCAACCUAUCCAACAUGCAAGUCCGGCGGCACGCCCAUGGUGAACACAACCUCCGCCUACUGCAUCGUCCCUCAUGGCCAUCCUGGCAUGGGGUCCUGCUGUAGUCAGCUGGGCAACAGCACCGUGGAGUUUCUUCCCGACUGCUAUUCCUGGUGUGUGUUGGACGAGGUCGUGAGCGGAGCGAACCCGCCGUCGCUGUCAAUCACCUUCUCCCGCUGUUUGGAGGACUUCGAUUCGUCGCGCAACGUGGCAGGGACGUUGUGCAAGUCUGCUCAGGCCGGCCAACAGCCGACUACGACCACCUCGACCUCAACCACGGCUUCCGGGACACAGUCUCCUGCAUCUCAACCGGCCGUGACCUCUCCCAGUGCUGCAGAACGUGGUGGAGGGCAAGCGAAUGGCUUGUCGGCUGUCUUGGUUGCAGCGGUCCUUGUUGGCGGGUUGGUGUCAUCCGGCGCCCUGCUGGUCUCGCAGUGA